GCCUAUGCGGUCUAGUUUAGUCUGGUCUGGUUUAGAUAGACCACACUCAACAAAAAAUGAACGAUUUGUUUAGUCAACCACACAAAAAAUUGAACCAAUAACAUAGAAAAAUAAUUGUAUUUUGCCUUAAAACAUUAAUUCUAACAUGCAUGAAUAAUUUUGAUACCCUAAAUCUUAGUACAUAACACAUGUACAAAGUAAAAGCAUCUCAACUUGCACCAUAACGUCAUAAACAUUAACAUAAUGUCAUAUGGAGACACGAUUAUCUCUACUCUCUGGUGAAAUGUGGUUGUGAAUGAAGGAUGGAUGAGAUUCUCAAAAUUAAUGUUGAGACUUGCGUGUCGUUGUGGGAGUUGGGAGAGUGGUCGAAUGGGUUGUUAACACGUAUUGACAAGUCGGUUGGGUCCACGGUUUGGUCCGGUAAAUCGAGUUCUAGACCAGACUAGACCAAGAGAUCAAAACAUCAAAUAAUACAGACCAUGGACCAGACCAGAUCAUACUUAACAGUCUACGGUCCAAAGCAAAUUGUACGGUCCGGUUUGAACCACGAUUUUUAUAACGGUCUGGUCUAUUUUUCCGGCCUAGUUGGAAUAAUGAGUUAUUGAUAAAUAAAAAAUUCAAUUCACGGGCUUUAUUGUUAUUUACUACACGUGUGGGAAGGGGUCGAAGGAAAAUCCCCAAUUCUGAAAUUAGAUUUGAGAAUCGUCCAAUUUCGUUCGUGUUCCUCCCUGCCUAGGGUUCCCUAUUGACUUCCUCGCAAUCCUUUUCCAGCCAUGGAUUCCGAUCUCACUGUCCCGAGUUCCAGCUAUGAUGCCCAACACCCGCAGCUUCUGCCUUUGGAUGCAAAUCUCCCACCCUCGAGCGACGAAUCGGCCCCGGUAUCCGGCCCUGAAACUGGAUCAUCGCCGAAGAGGCAGAAGAUCGAGGAAUCCGGCGGCGAGAAAAGCACCGACGUCGAGGUCGCCGACGGUGAUGCCGGUGACAGCAAGGAGGACGGAGAGGAGGAGUGGAGUCAGGUGAUGGCGGAGCCCAAAGUCUGGUGGCCUAAAGACGAAGAGGGAGUGAAGAAGUACCGCCGCUUCUUCGAGCAGGUCCAGGAAAGCGAGGGAUUUGAUUUCACCGACGUACCGCCGGUGGACUACAUUGCAUGCGGGGUUGUUCGGCUCGACUUGGAUUCUGACUGGUUCGAAAAUGUCAAGGCCUGUGUGGACCACGUCAUUGCUGAACACAACACACUAGAAGAAGGGGUGUCAAAGCUGAAAUGUGGUGAUAUUCUGAAGGCCAAUAUGCGACCUUGUGGUGGUGCGAACUUCUACAUCACGUUCGAGGCUACCGACGAGCUGUCUCCUGAUCCUGAAAAUGCCAAGAAGGUCUAUGAAGCUCAAGUUCAUGAAAACAUGGAUGAAUUCACCACGAGUCUGCUUCGUGUGAAAGGCGAGAAGACGCAGAUUCGAGGAGAGAGCCGUGAAGAGCGGGCAUUAACAUAUGCAUGUUACCCCAUCUAAGGUCAUUUCGCGUCUACUUCACCUAGGGUAGUGUUGCCUUGCGUGGAAGACUCUUAUCGCCACGUUGGCAGCAAUCUGACGUCGUUUUAAAAGCCGUCUGGUCAACCGUUAAUACUUAACGGUCAACAGAACCGACAGGAUACAAAUAGCCCGAAGAAUAAUAGUUCAGGACACAGAUGGAAUAUUGAAAACAAUAGGACACAAGUGACAUUUUUGGAAUAGUUCGGGUGUUGUAGUGGUAUUAGCACUAAAAUUUCCAUAAACAAACUAACAAUCAGAACUAAUUGAUGAGCGAGGAAACUCUGGUUCGAGUUUGGUUUCUCCUAAAUCAAGUUUUUCGCUCUCAACAAACGUGAUUGGUCCAUUCUAACCGACGAAACAUGGUUAUUACAUUUGGAUUUUUAACAUUUUUCGGCAUACAUGAUAUUAUUUCAUAUGGAAAUAUGGGUAAAAUCAUGUGUAAUUGAUAGUGGAUGGAAUUAACCCAAUCCAACUAACAAUCGACUUACUUUGGAUUGGAAUAAGUGAAUUGAUGUUCGAUUACAUACUCUGUUAACGUUAAUGGGGAAAGGAGCAACGAACAUUGACAGAAGAGGAGCAUGAGGGAGGGGGAGGGGAUGGUCAUGAGACAAAUUUUUUUGAUGUUUGAGAAAAUUAAUUUCAUUUAAUUAAGAAAAGAGUUACAAAUAUUUAUAUACGCCACAAGUUGGCGUAAAGUUAACUAAGGUUGACCCACUAUUCCUUUAAAAUGAUUUGCUGAGAGGAAAAUAAAGUAUUAAAUUUAUACCAAGAUAAUUUGUCGUCAUGUUGACCGUUAAGUCUAAGAAAUACUAGAGGAUGUUAUUUACACCAUAUCCUAACGAAAAAAAGUUAAUAUGCUAACUUGAAGAUUCGUUAGCAGAUACUAACCGAUAUCCAAAAUACAUGAACUAGUAUCCAAGUAAUAAAGUAUCUAGAGAGCAUAGAUUAGUAUUCAAGGUUUGCUAACUGAUAUUCACCAUGAAUCAACUAUUAUCCCAAAUUCACAAACUAAUAUCUAGAAAACACAAAAUAGUAUCCAUACAGAACAUAACUAGUAUCCAGAUAACAAAUAAGAGUAUCCAUAUUAAAUACUAGUUGGUUGACUGUGGAUAUUAGCUGUUAUUUGCUAUCUGUAUACUAAUUUGUGAUGUUUUGAAUGCUAGUUUGUGCUAUCUAGAUACUUUACUAAAAUCAGAAUACUGAU